CCAAUACCUUGUGUAGUGGAGUGGGGCGCCGCAGCCCUGCAGCAACGGGACCACGAAUUCUCCAGGCCAAACUCGGCCUCGUCGCGACAUCGAUCCGCAAGCUUGUCGUACUCUCUCCUCUCCAACCUCCACCGUCGUGGCCAUGAAUCUCCUCCUUUCCGACGACUACCUCCUCCAAGACUACCCAGAGAACAUCACAAACACGAUCCGGUCCGGACACUCGACAUGCGUCCGAUUCAACCGCAAGGGCGACUUUCUGGCCUCGGGCCGCGUCGACGGCACCGUCGUCAUCUGGGAUCUCGAGACCAUGGGCGUGGCGCGCAAGCUUAGAGGUCAUUCCAAGAAUAUCACGUCGCUUAGCUGGUCUCGGUGCGGGCGUUAUCUGCUUUCGGCGUGUCAAGGGUGGAAGGUCAUCCUCUGGGACCUGCAGGACGGGAAACGCUAUCGCGAGGUGCGCUUCCGCGCUCCAGUCUAUGGAGCCGAGCUGCACCCAUGGAACCACCACCAGUUUGCCGCCGCCCUCUUCGAGGACCAACCGAUGCUCGUCGAUAUCACGGAACCGGUCGAAGUGCGAUAUGUCCUGCCCUCGGUGCCAAAACGAACCAGCACCGAGACCGACCCGGCGCUGCGGGAGAAACAAGCCAAGGAGGAUGCGAAGCACAUGACGACAGCCAUCGUGUACACGGCAUCAGGCGACCAUUUGCUGGCCGGCACCACCAAAGGGCGCCUCAACAUCAUCGACGCCAGGACGCGCGAGAUCAUCUACUCGGAAAAGAUUGCGAGCGGCAUCAUCACGACGCUGCGGCUGACCGAGUCCGGCAGGGAGCUCCUCGUCAACGCGCAGGACCGGAUCAUACGGACCUUCAUCGUGCCGAACCUCUCGGCGGCCGACCUGGACCCGGACACGAUCCAGUUACCGCUCGAGCACAAGUUCCAGGACGUGGUCAACAGGCUGUCGUGGAACCACGUGGCCUUCAGCGCGACGGGCGAGUACGUGGCCGCGUCCACCUACAACAACCACGAACUCUACAUCUGGGAGCGCGGCCACGGCAGCCUGGUGCGCAUGCUCGAGGGUCCCAAGGAGGAGCAGGGCGUCAUCGAGUGGCACCCCCACCGCGCCCUGCUGGCCGCCUGCGGGCUCGAGACCGGGCGGAUCAACAUCUGGUCCGUCACGACCCCGCAGCGCUGGUCCGCCCUGGCGCCCGACUUCGUCGAGGUGGAGGAGAACGUCGAGUACAUCGAGAGGGAGGACGAGUUCGACAUCCACCCGCAGGAGGAGAUCCAGAAGCGGCGGCUCGACCAGGAAGACGAGGAAGUCGACGUCCUGACGGUGGAGAACGGCGGCGGGAUGGACGAGGACCUGGGCGCCUUCCGCAUGCCCAUCCUGUUCAACCUGGGCGAGUCGGACAGCGAGGAAGAGUUCGUCAACGUCUCGCUCGGGACGCUGCGCAGAAAGAGCCCAGGCGACCAGGACGAAGGGGACAUGACGGGCGAGGAGCGAGGCUCGGGGAAGAGAGGCGGCGGCGGCGGCGGCGGUGGUGGUUCAGGCCGGGGACGAGGUAGGAAGAAGUAACAUGCAAAGCAAGCAACCAAACCAAGUAAGGCAAGCAGGCAGACAAGCAGGCAGGCACUCGAGCACCUCGGAGUUUUGGACCCGGAGAAGUCGACGUUGGGGCGAUGGACAGUUCUUUGUCAAACGUCGCGCCCGCCUCGCCGAGCGAUCUGAUCUGUCAGGACCGGAUCACCAGGGUUUGACUCCGUCUAAUCUGAUCCUAGCCAUGGCCCUUCCAAAUCCCCAG